AUGGUUUUGACUCAAACUCAAAAAGAAGUCCUUGACAAGGCAAAUGAGGGACAUUCAAUGGUUUUACUAGGCCAAAGUGGGACUGGGAAAAGCUUUUUGAUUAAAGAAAUUUCAAAACAGUUAAAAAAAGAAGGAAAGAAUGUAUCGGUGACAGCGUCAACAGGAAUAGCUUCUUUGAACGUAAAUGGCCAGACUAUACACUCGUGGUCCGGAAUAAAGGACGGCAGAUUUUCUGAUCAAGAACUAGAAGAUAAACUUAAUAAAAAUGAACAUUAUAUACAGUACAAGCAAAAUAUGUUAUCCACUGAUUGCCUAAUAAUUGAUGAGAUAUCCAUGAUAUCAAAGAAAAUAUUUGAGCAAAUAGAAAGUAUAUGUAGAAAGAUAUUAAAAAAUGAUAAGUUAUUUGGAGGCAUACAGGUCAUUGUAGUGGGGGACUUUUUUCAACUGCCGCCUGUCCCCGAUCAUUUGAAAAAUGAUGCUGGGGAAUAUUGCUUUAAGUCAUCAAUUUUCCAACAAUUAUUUCAACAUAAAUUUAUACUGACUGAAGUUAUACGCCAAACUCAGCCUGAUUUCAUCCAAGCCAUUAAUGACAUUGCCAGAGGAGAGCUCCAAACUGAAACCGAGCAAUUGUUAAAUAGACUACGCCGCCCAUUACCUCCUGGUCCCGAACCUAUCAGAUUGUGCGCCAGAAAUUUUGAUUGUUAUAUAUUUAAUGCCACAAAAUUAAUGGAUCUGCCAGGGGAUUAUACUGUAUAUAAUUCAAUUGAUGAAGGGCAAAUUUCCAAACUGGAAAAAAGUCCAGUAACAAAACAGCUGCAUUUAAAAAUUGGAUGUCCUGUAAUGCUUUUAAAGAAUUUGAAUAAAAAGUUAGUGAAUGGUUUACGGGGUAUUGUGUCGUCAUUGUCUAAUAAGUGUGUUACUGUAAAUUUUACAGGACUGAAUGGGGAAAUAUUGACAGCUGAUUUGAAAGCUGAAACUUUUUUGGUAUUUAGUUGCAAUGAAAAUCGGGUCAUUGCUUCGAGACAGCAGAUACCCAUCUGUCUAGCCUAUAGCAUCACCAUUCACAAAGCACAGGGUCUAACAUUACAAAGGGUUGAGGUUGAUGCUUCGAACAUUUUUGCGCCUGGUCAGCUGGGGGUUGCUAUAGGGAGGGCUACAGAGAAGAAAGGAUUGAGAGUCAUUGGAUUUAAGAGGUCAUCAGUCCUUAGGCAUGAAGACAGCUUAUAUAAAUUUUAUGAUACAAGUAACAAUAAUGAAUUCGAUAACUCCGGGAAUCUUACAUGUUGUAAUAUUAAAUUUAAUAAUACAGAUAGGAAUUCUGAGGACCCUGAUGUAAAUUCAGAUGUAGAUGACGAAUUGUCAGAUUUUAGUGACGGCGAAAUUGAAGAAAUAGAUUUUUUAUUGUCUAAAGAUGAUGAUAUAACCGAAGAGCAAUAUGAACCGGAUCAAGAACUCUUUAUAGACUUGAGGGAAAUUGAAGCACUUUUUUCAAAUUUAAAUGCAACACCAACAGAUAAGCUAAUAAAUGAACAUUAUAAACAUAAUUUUGAAAACGUCUCCAGUAGAUUAAAGACAUUUGUCCACAAUUUGUAUUUAAAAAUAAGUGCAAUUUUUGAUGAGACUUGUGGCAAUGUUUCAGAGACAUCUAUUGAGCCCAAAGUAUGGACAAAAUAUUAUACUGAAGUCUAUAAGUUUUCAGUUUCAUCUGAGUAUGCUGGUCUUGCUAAGUCACUUUUUCAAAAUGAACCAUCCUCACUAGAUUUUCAGCUGUGUAGCAACAUUUUUGAUAAAGCUACAUCAGCUGUUUUAAAAAAGCAUGCAGAUACCAUAACAUCACAGGAAAAAUAUAUUUCAUCUUCAAACGAAAUGUCAGAUUCUGGGAAAGGAAAACUAAGGUAUAUUUUUGGAAGGUGCAUCGCCAAAUGUCGCUAUCACAUAAUGAAACAGGCCUUGAACAACAUCUACAAAAAAAGUAACAGACAUAUUUCUUCAAAUUUAUUCUUAAAAGUUAAAAUGCUAGACUCUCUAACUGCAAGAUAUUCAGAACUAGAACUUUCAUCACAGUACAAAGACACCCUAUACCAAACACAAAGGAAGCAAAACCUUUCCCAGGGUUUGACUAACAUUGCUGAUAAAACAUUUCAAUUUGCCAUAGAAAUGGAAAAAAAAAGAUUUUCGAUCCAAACUGAUCAGUCGUUUAAUUUAUAUGGUGCUGGAAUACUUAAUUAUACCCAUGGGGAACUCUUAGAAAGCAAACCACUAUUUGAAAUGUGGAAGAACCUAUUCUGUGAUUUUGAAAUAGUUGAUAGUAUUUUUAUGGUCGAUAGUCAGGAUUCAGAACAGUGUUUGAAUGAGCUAUAUACUGAUGUUGUUCUUAGAUUCUGCAGAAUCUCAGACAAUGAAUUUCGAAAAGGAAUCCUACGCCAGUUUGGGAAAACUAAAACUGAACGAUUGCGAAAACAAGUUGAUAGCAAAGUGAGCACAUCAGGAACACUUACUAUGAAAAGCAUUUAUGGUGAUAAUUCUAAAGGUAAAGUAAGCUCACAUUUAAAACUAAAAUCUUUGGCAUUUGAUUCUUCAAAGUCUGCUUUCAGUAAUUUUGUAAAGAAUGAUCUCUUGAAACUGUGCCAUGCCUAUGCAAUUCAAAUAGCUUCAAAUUCAACAAAUGACAAAAUAAAAGACAAAUUAUGUUCCGUGUUAAGUUCUGCAUUGGAAAUUCCUUUUCCUGAAUAUUUAAAUGAAUCUGGACCUACAAAAUCACCACCAACUGAUCAAACACUUGAUUCUUCACAAACAACUGUACAGUCAGUACCUGAUGUCAGUGAUGAGCAAGUGCCUUCUACAUCUGGACAAUCAGAAGUGACAAUAAAAGCUAAACCAAAGGUAAAGAGGAAACGAAAAAGAUCUAAAUUUGUUACAAAAACUAAAAAAAAGAAAAGCAAUACUGAAAAUCAAGGGGAGAAAGACACCAUAUGUCCUUUGUGUCAACGAAUAUAUGUUGACGGCGAUGAAUGGAUUGCAUGUGACAUUUGUGAUGAAUGGUAUGACAGGCAGUGUCUUGAUUUAAGUGAUAGUCAGUGGAGUGAACUUGAAGGGGAUGACUGGUAUUGUCCAAAAUGCAAAAAAUAA